AUGGACCUUCCUAACCAAGCUAGAAAGGAUUCCCAGGGGAUAUGUUUUCUUGGAAAGGUCAAAUUUAGAGAAUUUGUUCAAAGACAUAUAGGAGAAAUGGAGGGUAUGCUUCUUGAGGCUGAAACUGGAGAUUACCUAGGGACACACCAUGGGUUUUGGUUCUAUACGAUUGGUCAGCGACAAGGUUUGCGACUUUCUGGAGGACUUUGGUAUGUUGUGGAGAAAGAUGUGCAAAAUAAUGUGGUUUUUGUAUCAAGGAAUUACUAUUCACUGGAUAAGAGGAGGCGGACAUUUCGUGUUGGAUCACUAAACUGGUUUAGUGAUUCUGGGCCAUCAGACAAUGAACGCCUUAAAUGCAAGGUACGGCAUAGUCCCGAUUUCCAUGAUUGCACCGUGGCAAAAGAGCAAACCGAAGAGAAGGGAGACGUUUUGGAGGGUCGUCUGUCCAAAGACGACCAGGGUUUAGCAGCUGGCCAGUUUGCAACGUUCUACCGUGACAAUGCGUGCCUGGGGUCAGACAUAAUCCUGGAUUCCUAUGACGAAAUGAGCUUCCCUGUGUCUGCAAAGGCGCUGGAAACUGCUAGGAUGGAGGAUAAGUCCAAGCUGGGGAAGCCCAUAAGGAUCAUGAACUUGGAGCAUCUGGGGAACCCAGAGCCGGAGCCGGCCAAGGUUUUUGACAGACAUCACCAGCUUCUUGUAGCCUUCUCUUGA